GAGAAGAGACCAGGGAAGCUGUAACUGAAUAUAUCAAGGAACUGUUUACCGGCAUUAAUCCAUGUCGGAUCCCGAGGUGGCAUGCAGAGAAACAGAGGACAAAUCCGCCCUGUUGCCGCCCCUCAUAUUUUUAUUUUUCAGGAUAAACCGAUUAGAAGGAACGCUCCAAGACAAUAAAUGGUUAUACUCUUUUUAUCCGGUGGUUCUUGAUCACCCACUUCCACAAGGUACGUAUAAGCGCCAUGCCCGACCUCCCCCAAGAGCUCUUCGACACAAUUAUCGACAAACUCCAGCAGGAUAGAAAGUCCCUUAUGGCCUGCUCCUUGGCCUCACGCAUAUUCCUACCUCGCACCCGAUUCCACCUCUUCCGUAACGUAGUCCUCAACGAGACCUUUAGCCAAAAAUUCCACAAACUAGUCGUCUCAUCCCCGAACAUAGCCAGGAAUGUCACGGACCUCACCUUCUUCGGGGAUGUGUUCAAAGAGCGGCUGGUCCUCCCCGUCGUACACUCCCUAGUCAACCUGUCAACACUGUCCCUCCAAGACAUGGAUUUCGACAACGUCCCGAGAUAUAACGCCGGAAUCUUCGACGCGUUCUCCCAUCUUCCCAUCAAGCACAUUUCCAUGCUAUCACUUUGCUUUCACGACUUCUCCACCGCCAUAAGGACGUCGUUUCCCUUCGUCCAGAGCCUCACCAUGUGGGACGUGGUAGGGCGGUCCAAUCCAGAGCCCAGCCGCCAGUCCUGCCCAUUACAAGUUCUGAAGAUACACUUCCGCGAGAUGGGCAGAUCCAUCCUCGACAGCAUCGCCAGCGGUGGUCUGGGUGCUCUGGACCAUUUGCACACCCUGUCAACUUCGGGAUGCCCUCACGAUGGAGACUUGAGCAUCUUUCUCAAGCUCAUGGGUACGCCCUCUCUGCGAACUUUGGAAUUGAGAGAUCUGCAAUGUGAUGACGACAGCUUCGCUGCACCGAUGUCAAUUUCCCUUUCUCAUCUUCGGAGCAUCGUCUUCCACGUCAUUCAGUUCGGGUCUGAUAGACCUCACAAUCACGGAGUCGGCAUACAGUGGCUCACAGGCUGUUUUGCCCUUGCUCCCAAUCCUGAUGCGUCGGCUCAAAAUAUCGUCAUCAAAUACAGCCUGUUUGUCGGUGCAGAGUAUGUAUCUGUAUAUGAGCGGAAGAAAUGGGCAGCACUGAAUGAAGUGCUCUCUCGUUCGCCCGUUGCCUCUCUUGUUUCCGUCCGCGUCAUCAUCAGACGAUACCACGAUCGUGCACAAACUUUUGACACGAUCAUGAGCAAUUGUCCCUGCCUGCGUAAAAUGGGCCGAGCGUUCAAGCUGGACAUCGUAGAAGAGUUUAAUCACAUCUGAUAUGGCGGACAUUAAAUGUACAGUAGACAUCAUCUUCCGGUAGUUGCUAAUUAUCAUUGCCAAAAAAAAAACCCUUACGUCUUCUACGCCUCCGACUGUACUGUCGCU